AUGUCCGCCUUCCGACCGAUUCGCCCCUCUCACACCAGCCCGCCAGCAGAGGCACAAUCGUCCGCUGACGGCGCCGCCCAAGCCGCCCAAGCAGCUUCCCUCUCCUCCAACGGCGGCAGCGGAGACGAUGGUGCCGCCAGGUCUUCCUCCUCCGCCGCCAGGAGCCGCAAACGACGUGCACCGUCGCACGUGUCGCAGAAUGCUUGCACCAACUGCAAGAAGGCUCGCGCAAAGUGCGAUGGUAAUGAGCCUCAUCCCUGCCAGAGAUGCACAGCCCGCGACAUUGGCGACCAAUGCCACUAUGAGGUGCAUGUCAAGACGCAAAAGGAGGAAAUGGUCCGGAAGAUCCGGAGCCUGGAGCAGCAGAACCACGAACUCCAGUCAUCCAUGGAAGAAAAAGAAGCGCACAUCAACGCCAUCUUCGAGGCCCUGAGAGACAACGACCAGGGUCCCGAAGCUCUUGCCCGCUUGCGCGCUGGUCAGUCGUACCAGCAAAUAGUCACCUGGCUCGGCCACCCGCCCUACCAGGACGUCGCUCGAUUGUCGCCCGGCUCCGAGACCAAACUCACCUGGAUCGUCCAGCAGUACGAAGCUUCGGUAAGCCGGGAGCCCCAUGCGGCCGAAAACGCCAACGGGAAGCGGUGGACGGCCGUGACGAGCAACCCGCAGCUGAUACACCACCUCAUGGCAUUGUACUUCUCGUGGGUGCACCCCGCCCAUAUGCUGUUUAGCGAGUGGCAUUUUAUGAAAUCUUUCAACAACGAUGACCGAGUAUAUUGCUCGCCAGCCCUUGUCAACGUAAUGUGCGCAAUGGGUUGCUUCCAUCUCGUGGACCAGGGGGGUAACGAAGCUCAGGCCAAGGAGCUUGAGAAGCGAUUUCUCGACCAAGCCCUGCAUGACAUAGCAGAGGAAAAUCCGGAGAGCUUGACCUAUGCUUCAACUUACGCGAUACUUUUCUUGGUCGAGUUGAGCGCCCGUCAAGCUCGUAAAGCGACCUCGCAUCUGCGCGUCGCGGUUGAGUCUCUAUCGAAGAUCAACCAUUCGGCGUAUGAUAAGGAUGCUGUGGAGCUGACUACCUGGGGCAUUCACUCUUUGAAUACCAUCUGGGCAACAAUGACUUACCAAAAGCACUCGUCGCCCCUACAUCCUCCGCAGAUAUCCAAUUCGGUUGCGCUGGACAGUCCGUACGCAAAGUGGCAGCCCUAUCGUUUCCCUCAAGACAACAAUGCCCAUCAAGUGCCAAGCCGGGCUAUUGAGACAGCCAGGGAAAUGUCAAGACUUACCCGUAUCACUUACGAUAUGAUUAAUACCUAUUACGGCAACAAGGAGAGCGUGACGGCGCGCGCGAUUAUGAGCCUUUACCAGAGGUAUCUCGACUGGAAAGGCUCCCUUUCAACUUCGUUAAACGUCAACUUUAAUACUGCCUCCUAUUCCGCCUCAUAUUCCCAUGCUCUUCCUCAUGUUCUUUUCUUACACAUCAUCUACCAUGUAGCUUUGUGUCAGCUUUUUCGGCCUCUGCUCGAGUUUGAAGAGUUGCCAUCAACCACACGCGCGCACUUUUACGAAAUCACCUUGCAAAGCGCGCUUGACGGGUUGAGGCUCUUGGAACUAUACAAAGAUCAGUACACUUGCCGCUAUCAAUCCCCGAUGCUGGCCUUUGGUGUGGUGCAUAUCUGCGAGACCAUAGCAAGGGGUGGUCCCUCUGUCGGCGACGCCAAGAAGAGGGCCAUAAAGUUCGCAUUGCGUGCCACGCAUGAGGCUCUUCCUGGUUUUUUGGGUGUAGGGCCGCUUCAGUACAUGUUCUGCCAGGUCAUCACCAGGGAGGGCCUCGACCUGCCCAAAAACUUCGAGGAAUUCAUGGGCGGCCGCACAGAGUACGGAGCAGAAGACUUGCUCGACACGUGCGAGCGUCUCACGUAUACGCAACCUGGAGACUGGCUUCACGACCGCGUCAACCGUUCUCUCGGCACCGACUUCGUCUACGAAUGGCAGAGGUUCAUUGAAGCGCGCGGCCGUAGCAGUUCGAGCGCGCCCGGCCCAUUCAAGCGCGACUCGUCCGACUCGACCCAACGCCUCACCGACCGCUCUGGUUCACAGAGCAGUACCGGCGGCGGCAGCACCACGUCCGCGCGAUCCAUGCAGAUCAACUCGGUUGUGAAUCCCUAA